UGUUUGGAGGGUAAGCCAAGUUCAAUACUAUAUAAGUCGUUUAAGCAGUCGUUAGUAUCGUUAGUGCUAUAUAAAAACUGAUGAUCCAUCCAAAACUGAUCCAAAACAGAUUCAAAAGUGAUCUAUCGAGAGUGUGAUCCUAGCUUAAAGUCUGGGCAGCUUCAGUCAUGGCCGAGAGAGGUAAGACUAUUUACGUAGGAAGACUGAAAGACGAUAUCAAGAGAAAGGAUGAAAUGAAAAUUGAAUUGGAAGAAAAGGUGAGAAAAUUAGAAGAGAAACUGAAAGACCAUGACGAAAAUUGCCAAACGAAAAUCCAUGAUCUGGAAGAAGAGAUAAAAAGACUUAAAGAAGAAAUAACAAGACUUGAGGAAGAAAUAAAAGAGAUGAAGAUAAAAAUGGAAGACUUAGAAGAGAGCAACACAUUCCUUGAAAAGGAAGCCAAUGAAGCCAAGGYGGAAAUCGGAGAGUUGAAGACAAAGUUAGGAAGCUUAGACGAAAAAAUCAAGAAGUUUGACCUUCCUAAAGAUGUGUUGGUUAUUAGGCAACUCUGUUCAAGCGUUCAGGAAAACCUCUCGAGGAUUGUGCUCCAGGAACAUUUCAACGAUAUUCAGAACAAAAGGACUCAGUAUAUGGAAAAUUACAUUUCAAGGCAGAUUAAAGACGAAGGCGAACAAGAAAGAGCCAGGUUAAGAUGGGAAGAGUUACAGAAAGAAAUCAAGUGGGACGAAUUUUUGAUUAUUCAGCUAAAAUCGGUCAAAAGUAGAGGGAACGAUGCUGCUCAUCCACCCUUGACAGAAAAGGUCAUAGAUGCUGCGAAAAACGAAUUGGAAGAAAAGAAGGAGUUAGGACCGGAAAUGGUCGAGGCAGUAGACCAACUCAAAGAUAUAUGGGAAAAAACAAACCAAAAGCUAACGCAAGGUACAAGCGCCACAGAGGGCCAUGAUCCAUGCCGUCCAAUAAGUCUAUCUACCACAGGACAAAUCAACCAUAAAUAUAUUAAGGUCGCUGGCAGACGUGGAUAUUCUUUCAGUUCCGAAAAAGCUAGUGGAGGACAAUCUUUUUCGCAGCCCUGCAUUUACGACGAAUUGGACGAAUUGGCUUUUUAGUGGGGUUUUUAGGUAAGCUCAUUUUUUAACCUCCCAAAAGGUUUUUCGUUUUUGGGAAUGAUAUUUCUAUUCUGUUAUGAUAUUUUUAAUAUGCCUGUUAACAUUAUUUGUACCUGAUGAUAUUUCUCUUUCCAUCGGAUAUCAGAGUUCAUAAACGGGAGGGAGGGGGCGUCUCCAUUUUUUCCAGCCUUGAGCUAGUUUCAGAACAGUGUUGUUUUCAUUCGUGACUCGUCACAUAGCAACUGCUGUAUUGCUUCGGGGUUUUUGUUGUGGCUAAUACGACUAAACCUCCAUAGCAGUUGGAAAAUGGACCAAAAUGAGGCUAAGUUGCAGACUGAAAUGCUUUUAAAAGGUAAAUCCGCCCUCUAUGUAGUAGAUAGUUUUAUAGUCUUGUGCAAUCUGCUUUGUAUUUUCACCUAUCCAUGUAUGUGCUGAUAUUUGUUUUUAUUUAUCGCGGGACGUUUCGAUGAUCCGCGCGUCAUUUUUGUCGCGGCUCGGACGUGUCUUUUAUUGAGGUAAUGUUUUUUUUGGUAGAAAGAUAGAGAAUUGUCAAUUCAUUUCAGGACAUUUGAUUAAAUAAUAAUUUGGCUUUAAGAAUAUGUCAGUUUUAUGAUUUGUUGUUCCCUCAAGCCUCAUAUUAAUCCUUUUGAAUAAGUCAGAUUGGAAAGCAAACAAUUCUUCCUCCACAUUUUGAAUGCCUUGGAAUGCGCUUUACUUCUUUAUAAAUGAUAAAACAUGGCUAUUUUAUUCUCAAAACAAAUAUUCAGUUGYAUGUUUUUUUCCAUUGAAACAUGUUUGAAGUAUUUUUUUUUUAGUUUUAGAAAUUUUAUACUCGUUCAACUGCUAGACACAGGUAGUCCAAAGAGAGUCUUUAAAGCUCAACAUUUAUUUUGAAGUUCUUACUGAUUAUUUUUAUUUAAUACUAGCAAGAAAAUCAGAAAAGACUUUUCUUCGCUUUUGCAGAGCGAGCUUGCAAUGAUUUCAAUGAAACGCAUUAGACUACAUGAUUUACAUAGAAUAAAUUAUGCCUGUUUUGAAAGAGCAAUCUCAGCUCCAUAGCCCUAAUAACUGAACGAUUAUCAAAGUCGUACGCCCAUAAUCUCUCUAAUAACAAAAGCUUUGGAUUAUUAUUUCUAUUUUUACCGGGCUUCUAUUUUGAGGUUGGUUCUUGAUGUUCUUACUCGACAUUCCGCUAUCCUUCUAAGUUCCAUCUCCUAAAUUAAACCAUACCCUUUCCCCAAGUAUCCGCAAAAUAACUCGUAAAACGUAUACUAUACAAUGCCUAAAAUUUGUGUUGAUUGCAAAAUCCUUUAUAGAAAAUCGUCAUUGAAAGGAAUAUUUUGACCUUUUGAGCCGUCAUCUAUUCGUCUUCAAACUUCACGAAUGGAAACAACACACUGUUCCAGCCAUUAGCCUAGAUACGCCCUCUCCCUCCUGUUCAUAACAUAACAAAGUUUUUAUUAACGAAUUUAAGCACGUAAAAUUAUCAAUCCUAAAGAAGUUGGACAUAAAAUAUUUUCACUAAUAUAACCACCUAAAACUAUCUGCAAAUAGUCUAAACCUACUAAUGAUGUAUUACAAAUCCUGCCCUCUGAUUGGCUGAGCUACUAGUGGUCUAUUGGUGAUAGCCCACUACUGAGAAAACGCAAAGAGCGGGUUUGAAAACCAAAACAGUGGRGUCUAACUAACUUAAAAA